GGAGAGUCUCAGAGUCGGAAGAACACACAAGUCUGAGCAUUCAAACAGCGAAGCGACUCUCUGCGCAGCUUCUUUUGGUCGGCCUCUGUGCAGCUUUCAUCUAGCUUGGCUGAAGAAAAGUACAAUGCCCUUAUCGUAGUUAAGGAUAUUCCUUGGUCGCCUUGCCCGGCCCCUUUAUUUGUUCCUGGUCAUUCGCUUCUAUCGUCCGUUAUUCGUGCGGGAUUCGGGAGUUGUGUUCGUUGUCAAGGAACGCGCCGUCUGAGUUUUACGAUUUCUCCGCGUUGGAAGGCGGGGUCUGAAACUUGUGUAAGUUUGGAGACCGGGGUUGUAGUGCUUUGGUGUACGCUUUUGGUUCUGAUAUUGUGCACAAGGUGUUUGAUGAAAUGACUGUGUGGGGAUGUUUCUAUUAUGGACGGAGGCAUCGAAGUUCACCCGGGGAUCAAUAAAGGUUUUAAGUCAUUGAAUACCCCCUGUUUUGGUUUUCUCCUAUGAUCAAGAUUUUCGUAUGAGGACUGCCAACAUAGGUGAUGGAGUCAUGAAGUCUCUUUCUUAUGUUUCUCCCACAAGGAAGGAAGCUGCUGCAGUCUCGUCAUUACAUUUGUGAAGUUCAGUAUGAUGGGUUUUCUCCAAAGAGAUGAAAAGGUCAGCCUUUCACUCGUUGGGACGUUCUUUUCAAGUACUCUCUCUGCGUGCCAACGGAGAAACCCGCCUACAUUGCUUACAGUUCUCGUUCCGAACAUGUUUGAAUCAGUGGCUCGCUUUUUCAAGCUCAAGCAAUGUGAGACCUUUUCCUGAUUACUCUCCAAAGAAGCCCACAAUUAGAGAUUCUGAUCUUGUCCAUCAAAUCUCGAAUGCAAUCAGGUUACGGCGUUCUGAGCCCCUCCGCCGUGUUCUAAAGCCUUUUGAGUCGAAGUUUAGGUCCGACCAUCUGGUUUGGGUUCUCAUGAGCAUCAAGAACGAUUAUAAAUUAGUUUUGGAUUUCUUUAACUGGGCGUGCCUUCAAAGAGAUCCCAACCUUGAAGCUCGUUGCAUAGUUAUUCAAAUUGCUGCUGCUUGUAAGGACCUGAAGGUGGCUGAUGAGCUUAUUCGUGACUUUUGGGCGAAGCCUAACUUGGAGGUUGGUCAUGCUUUCACUCUUUUUGUAGAACGAUUAAUAUACACAUAUAAGGAAUGGGGUUCUGAUCCCCACGUAUUUGAUGUUUUCUUCCAUGUCCUGGCUGAAGCUGGGUUGCUUGCUGAAGCAAGAAGCUUCUUUGACAAAUUGUUGAACUAUGGGAUUCUUGUUUCAGUUGAUUCGUGUAACCAGUACUUGUCAUACUUGUCAAACAGUACGCAUGGCCUCGUGAUGACUUUGAAAGUCUACGUUGAGUUCUCUCGAGCUGGUGUGUGUUGGAAUACGACCUCAUACAACAUAAUAAUGAGUACCCUUUGUCAGUUAGCUAGAUUGAAGGAAGCACAUACUUUGCUACUGCAAAUGGAGUUCAAGGGAUAUCCUCCUGAUGUUGUAAGUUAUAGUACUAUAAUAAAUGGUUAUUGCCAAAUUGGAGAAUUAGAAGAAGUGUUGCAUCUUAUUGAAGAAAUGCAGUUUAAGGGAUUGAAGCCGAACUCUUAUACCUAUAAUAGCAUUAUCCUUCUUCUGUUCAAGAGUGGUAAUGUCGACAAGACAGAAACAGUCUUGAAAGAGAUGGUGAAUCAGGGGAUAACUCCUGACAAUGUGGUCUAUACAACGCUAAUUGAUGGUUUCUGCAAGCGGGGAAAUACUCAAGCUGCUUAUAUGUUAUUUCAUGAGAUGCAGGCUCAGAGGAUUAUUCCCGAUUUUAUAGCAUAUACUGCUAUCAUUUGUGGAUUUUGUCAAAAUGGAAACAUGCUGGAAGCUGACAAACUCUUUACUGAAAUGCUUGGUCGAGGUGUGAGGCCAGAUGAAGUUACCUACUCAGCACUUGUUGAUGGUUACUGCAAAUUAGGUGAUAUGAAGAAGGCAUUCUUUGUUCACAACCAGAUGGUCCGACACGGGCUUGUCCCAAAUGUUGUAACUUACACCACACUGGCUGAUGGCCUUUGCAAAAUUGGAGAAUUGGAGACAGCAAAUGAACUCCUGAAGGAGAUGCGUGCGAAGGGCCUUCAACUGAAUGUCUGGACAUACAACUCAAUGGUCAAUGGUCUUUGUAAGGUAGGAAAUCUACCCCAAGCACUGCAGCUGAAGGAAGAAAUGGAGGUGGCAGGAAUUCAUCCUGAUGUUGUCACUUAUACUACGUUAAUGGAUGCUUAUUGUAAGAUGGGAGAGAUGGGUAAGGCCAGUGAGCUCCUGCAAGAGAUGCUGAAAAGGGGGCUACAGCCUACAGUUGUUACAUUCAAUGUCCUUAUGAAUGCAUUUUGUCAAUGGGGAAGGCUAGAAGAUGGGGAGAAGCUGCUACAAUGGAUGUUGGACAGGAAGAUAAUGCCGAACACCACGACGUACAAUUGUCUUAUGAAACAGUAUUCAAUAAGAAACAAUAUGCACCGAACAACUGAGAUUUAUAGGGCAAUGCAAGCUGAAGUCUCCUGCUCCCAUAGGAAAGCCAUAGAGAAACAAAAGUCUUUGGAUCUGAACAUUUGGUUAGGCGUGAGCUCCGAGUCCUGGGCAACUAUGGGCACCAGAGGACAGAGAGAUCAGAAUAAUGCCAAUAAAUUGAUGCUUCACGGCGACAUACUUGCAGUCGAACUGCUGAAUCUAACCACAAGGGGCUCCGACUUGGUAGCUCUGUACUUGUCAGUCGCUGUACUGAAUUAACUAAUCUCAGAGAGCUGGCUGAUAUGCUGCAUUGCUCUCACAAUUAAUGCUGCAAGCUACUCUUUGCUGUAGGUAUCAUUAGGUACCACAGAAGCUUCCCCUUAUUCAGGUACAAGUUGGAAAAGAGAGCGGCAGCUAAAGUUGGCGGUGGUUGAAGAAGAUUACGAGAGGAGCUCGUUCCACUGCUUCUCUUCCCCGGUCUCACUAGCGUCUCUCUGCUUCUCUUCCAACAGCCCCAUUUCAAAGCGGCCUGUCCACACCCUGAUGAAGAUCCUCACCCGUCUCUGUCCCACUCCGCCGUCCUUUUCCCUCCGACCAUGAACUGGCGGGAUGCCAAGCGGUCCGCACAGCAAGCGACAUGGACAAUGGCUAGGAAUCCCACCAUGGUCUGGUCCCAAUCUUCUUCCUGUUCGCCACAUCGUCUGAAAUUCUUAUACUCUGCUACUAUUACGAUCAGCUUUCUUGUGCAUAAAAUUUCAGUCUGAAUUGUUUAGACUAAAUUCCACUGAGAACUCGAGAAUCAGUUAGUUUUGGUCCUCCCUUGACAUCAGAGGAAAUGGCAAGUGCCCAAUGUGCUUCCUUAAAAGAAAAUUACAAGGGUUGACUUAUGAGUAUUUCUACUAUGAGUUGUUUACUGAGCGAUUGUGGAAGGGACCGGGAAGUUCAACUCUCAACAGCUUGUCCAAUACUUGCAACAACUAAUUGAAU